AUGGAGAGGCACAUGGUCAGGGGACCAAUGUACAAGCACUUUGACUUGGAGAAGAGGACCACCAAGCAGGCAGAAGCCAGGCUCAGCCAAAGCCUGCAGAGACUAGAGGACAUCCGCCUCUACCACCUGAAGCUGCUGACCAGGGAGCAGAGACAGCUCCAAAAGGAUCUGCAGAGGUUGCAGCAAGCAGAUAUCAUCAAGAAAAAGUUCUCCUCUUAUUUUGCAAAUGGAAUCCAGGAAAGACCAGAAGAUGUCCUCAUGCUGUCACCACAAAGAGGGCAGAAGCACAGAGCCCCACAGCCUAAUAAAUUUAGAGCAUUGGCAACCAGUAUGCCCCAGGAAAUGUAUAAAACCAAGUCCAAGAUGGCUCCUCUCCAUUACAUUGGCCUCAAAGACCCUAUGAGAAGCAAUGAGCAGUCACUAUCUCAAAAUUACAGACCCACCCGCUUCACUGAAGAGAAGCCACAAGCCCAAGAGAAAGAUUUUAUAAACCCACCUAAGGGCAUGGACUCCAGCAAGGGCAUCUCAAUCCUAGGUCAAAAUCAAGAAAACUCCACCAGCAUCCUAGACCAAUGGUCUGGCUCCAGUCCCGCUGAUGAAACCAGAUCAACAUAUGGCAACCUACAGUCAGACCAGGACACUCAGAUAGAAAUCCCCCCAAAUCCCAUGGGAUGUUCCUUUACUGGAAAUGUCAAAGCAGAGGCCACAAAGUCAACCUACUUAGAGUUGUUUGCAAAGGCCAGAAAUGCCCGCUACCUCCGGCACAGGGUCCCCCCUGCGUCUGAAAGGUUGCUUAGUAUUGGGGAGAUAUUCCGGCAUGAGAAAUCCUUACUGUUCAAGGAAGAAAAGGAGUGUGAGAACAGGCUGACCACCCAAAUCACUUUCUACCCAACCAUCUGAAACAGCCUGGCAGUAGCAUAGAUCAUAAUCACUAAGGAAAUGUGUUCCUCUAAUAACAGUAGUAAGCAAUAUUAAAAACAAAACAAAACAGAAAGAGAUGACAGACCUUUAUUUUAAAACUCCAGUUGUUUUUGUUGUUGUUGUUUUUUCCUUUC